UGCGACAACAACUGAGUACUCUCUAUCUGAUUGAAUAAGCGAAGGAAUUUUGAGUUUUAGAUUGCAAGCAGCGGUAGUCUGGUUCCUUUAGCAAUAGAUCUGGUCUCUCAAUUGCAGCAAUGGGAAGCACCGACAAAGAAGCCCAAGUCGAUUCAUUUUUGCCAAACAAAACAGCAAAGAUCUUCGUCGCCGGCCACCGCGGCCUCGUCGGGUCAGCCAUUGUCCGAAAACUUGAAGAGCUUGGAUUCACCAAUCUUGUUCUCAGAACUCACCACGACCUCGAUCUUACCAGACAAUCCGACGUUGAAGCUUUUUUCGCCGUAGAGAAACCCCAAUUCGUGAUCCUCGCUGCGGCCAAAGUCGGUGGGAUUCAUGCUAACAACACAUAUCCUGCCGAUUUCAUCGGCAUUAACCUCCAAAUCCAAACCAACAUCAUUGACGCUUCAUAUCGUAAUGGCGUUAAGAAGCUUAUUUUCCUUGGCUCUUCCUGCAUUUAUCCCAAAUUUGCUCCACAGCCGAUCAAGGAGGAUGCCCUGCUCACUGCACCUCUAGAGCCAACGAAUGAGUGGUAUGCAGUGGCAAAGAUAGCCGGGAUCAAGAUGUGUCAGGCGUAUCGAUUGCAGUAUGGUUGGGAUGCAAUUUCUGGGAUGCCCACCAAUUUGUACGGGCCAAACGACAAUUUUCACCCUGAGAAUUCACAUGUACUUCCGGCCUUGAUCCGGCGAUUCCACGAGGCGAAGAUUUCGAAUGCUAAAGAGGUGGUGGUGUGGGGCACUGGCUCCCCAUUGAGGGAAUUCCUCCAUGUUGAUGAUCUGGCUGAUGCUGUAGUCUUUUUGAUGGACAAGUAUAGUGGGUUGAGUCAUGUUAACAUGGGGAGUGGGAAGGAGGUGAGCAUCAAGGAACUUGCAGAGUUGGUUAAAGAGGUGGUUGGUUUCCAGGGAGAUCUUGUUUGGGAUUCCACAAAGCCUGAUGGGACCCCAAGAAAGCUCAUGGAUAGCUCAGAGCUCGCUAACUUGGGAUGGGCACCAAAAAUUUCUCUCUGGGAUGGUCUCGUCGAUACCUACAAGUGGUACUUGGAGAAUCUCAAACGAUGAUUCAGCUUCAGGUGAUCACCUCAUGUGUUUUGUUGGGUGCUAUUAGUGAAUCUUUUGUUUCUUCAGUGUUUGUUUGUCUACACAUUUAUUUCUAUGGAAGUUGUUCAAGUUUAAGUUAUCGUUAGGAUCACUAUUUUAUUGACUGAA